AUGGAAGCUGAGAACCACACAGUCCUGUCACAGUUCCUCCUCCUGGGCCUCUCAGAUGAUCCCAAACUGCAGCCUGUCCUCUUUGGGAUUUUCCUGUCCAUGUACCUGGUCACAGUGCUUGGGAACCUGCUCAUCAUCCUGGCCACCACCUCUGACCCCCACCUCCACACCCCCAUGUACUUCUUCCUCUCCAACCUGUCCUUGGCUGACAUCUGCUUCAUCUCCACCACGGUCCCAAAGAUGCUGGUGAACAUCCAGACACAUAGCCAUGACAUCUCCUACACAGAGUGCCUGACUCAAGUGUAUUUUUUCCUUAUGUUUCUUGGAGUGGAUAAUUUUCUGCUGACGGCGAUGGCCUGUGACCGCUUUGUGGCCAUCUGCCACCCCCUGAACUACACAGUCAUCAUGAACCCUCGGCUCUGUGUUCUCCUGGUUCUGACAUCUUGGCUCAUCAUGUUCUGGGUCUCCCUGAUUCAUGUUCUACUGACGAAACAACUGACCUUCUCCACAGUGAACCAUACAUGUGUAUCACAGUUCCUCCUCCUGGGCCUCUCAGAUGAUCCUGAACUGCAGCCUGUUCUCUUUGGACUGUUCCUGUCCAUGUACCUGGUCACAGUGCUUGGAAACCUGCUCAUCAUCCUGGCCGUCAGCUCUGACUCCCACCUCCACACCCCCAUGUACUUCUUCCUCUCCAACCUGUCCUUUGUUGACAUCUGUUUCAUCUCCACCACGGUCCCAAAGAUGCUGGUGAAUAUCCAGGUGCAGAGAAAAGACAUCUCCUACAUAGAGUGCUUCACUCAAGUGUAUUUUUUGAUUAUUUUUAUUGGAAUGGAUAAUUUCCUCUUAUCUGUGAUGGCCUUUGACCGCUUUGUGGCCAUCUGCCACCCUCUGAAUUACACAGUCAUCAUGAAUCCCCGGCUCUGUGUCCUCCUGGUUCUGUUGUGUUGGCUCAUCAUGUUCUGGGUCUCCCUCAUUCAUAUUCUACUGGUGAAGCGACUGACAUUCUCCGUAGGCACUGAAAUCCCACAUUUCUUCUGUGAGCUGACUCAGCUUCUCGAUGUAGCCAGCUCUGAUACUCAUGUCAAUUAUGUUGUUAUGCAUGUGUUGUCUGCCUUGCUGGGUGUGAUUCCUAUGACUGGGAUCCUCUACUCUUACUCUCAGAUUAUCUCCUCCUUAUUGAAGAUGUCCUCCAUUGUGAACAAAUACAAAGCAUUUUCCACCUGUGGGUCUCACCUGUGUGUGGUCUCCUUGUUCUAUGGAACAGCAUUUGGGGUUUAUCUCAGUUCUGCCGUGACCCAUGCUUCCCAGAGACGUUUGAUCACCUCAGUGAUGUAUAGUGUGAUCACCCCCAUGCUGAACCCCUUCAUCUACAGCCUGAGGAACAAGGAUGUGAAAGGGACUCUGGGGAGACUCCUCAGCAGAGCAUCCUCUGGUCUUUGA